GUGAAUGAAGACUCAUUGAAUUAUUUAUGAUUAACGAAUUCUUAGAUUUCUGUUAAAAGAAUGAUGGACAUGAAAGAAAUAGAUAAUUACCAACAAGAAAGAAAUGGAAGGAAGUAGAAGAUGAGUUAUUAUUAAAAGCAAUAAGAAAAUAUGGAACAUAAUGGAGUAAGAUUUAAGAUGAGAUUCCAUCAAAAGAUUCAAGAUAAUGUUAAGCAAGAUGGAAAAUAUUAAAACAUGUAAAAAAGAAUAUAAUAUUAAAUAGAAAGAGGAAACUUUAAUGAGAUUGGAAGCAUUAGCAAGAGAAGAGUUUUCAGAUAAAGACAAUCAAUUAAAUAAGAUGAAGAAAUAAAUGAAAUAGAGAAAAGAAAUACCUAGAAAAUAUAAUCCAAAAUUUGAUUACAAUGAGGAAUCUUCAAGUGAAUCUAUGCAUUUAUAAUAAUUUUAAGAAGCAUUAGCAAAAUAACCAAAUAAAAUAAUAUAAUAACAAAAAUAAUAAUAAUAAUAAUAAUAAUAAUAAUAGUAGUAGUAACAAUAGUAAUAGAAAAGAGAAUAAUAUUAGAAAUAAGUUUAAAAUUAAUAUUAGAAUGUUUGGAAUGCAAUGGAUGAUAAGAUGUUAUGGAUAGCUUAUAAAAUAUAUAAAGGAGCAUGGAAUCAAAUAACACCUAGAUUUUAAGAGAAGAAUCCAUAGAGUUGUAUAGAUAGAUAUCAAUAUGUAAGUAUUUAUUAAUAAUAUUCAAAUAGUUAUUGUAAUAAAAAAAAGUGAAAUUAUAAGAAGAGGUAUCUUCAGUGGAUAUAAUAUCAUCACCAAAUAUUUUGGAUAGUUCACAAGAAGGAUCUGAAUAGUUUGAUAUUUCAGUAAGUGAAGAUGAAGAUUCAACAGAUUUAUAAAGAUCUGAUUGCAAAACAUUAUAAACAAAAUAAUAAUAAAAUAAAGGAGUUUAUAGUGUUUAAUAAUGUCAUACAAAUAUUGAAAGAAUUUUAAAAUCUUUUUCAAAUCAUAAUUUAGAUACUCUACCUGGUAUACGUGAAUAGAUAGUCAAAUUAAUAUUGACAGAUUGA